UGUCGGUUAGCCUGCUCAGAGGUGGAGGUGGAUCCAUAUAUAUAUAUAUAUAUAUGGACAUAUAAAGACAGUUACGAUUCAGUUGGAUUUUGAACGAUUUCCGAACCCCCAAAAAAAUUCCGAGUUCGCGUCGUGCUCAUUUGUUUAGUUUUAUUUUUGUUUUUUUUUUUUUGAGUGUACCCCAUGUUUUGGGCGGCCUGACCCAGAAGGCCUUUUCACCGACAGUUGCAAUCGUAAAUGUGGUGACGAUGUCGCCUGCUGAGCAGCUAGGUCGCUUGGUCGCAGGAUCGGAUGCCUACCAGCUGGCGGCGAGCACUGGAGGAGGUGGAGGUGGUGCGGGGGGCGCAGGAGGAGGCGGAGGUGGAGUCGGAGGCGGAGGCGGUGGCGCAGGCGGCGAUGAUGCGGGCGGCGGUGGCGAAAAGUUGAAGGACAUGCCCGACAAGUACGUGAUGGCGAUCGCCCACUUCCUCGACUGGCACGUCAACGAGACGGUGGACAUGGAGCGGCUGAGCGGACCGAUCCUCAAGUCGAGCAUCAAGUCGGUCUACUGGCUGUUCCUCAUCCAGUACGCCGCCCUCGCCCUCCUCGGCGUGGUGCUGAACGUGAUCAUCGUGGUGUACCUCAUGUACCACCGACUCUACAAGGAUGUGACCCACGCGUUCAUCAUCAACCUGGCGCUGUGCCACUUCGUCCAGUGCGCCCUCGUCCUGCCCGUCUCCCUGAUGGUCAUGCUCAUCCAGAACUGGAUCUUCGGCCAGUUCCUGUGCUUCUUUCUGCCCAUGCUGCAGGACAUUCCGCUGCACGUGGCAUUGAUCUCGCACAUCCUGAUCGCCUGGGACCGGAUGCGCUGGCUGAACGAUCCGCUGAAGGGCCGCCUGCCGGGAUUCGUCUGCUGCUGCGCCACCUGGCUGACCGGAAUGGUGAUUGCCCUGCCCUAUCCCAUAUACACCAUGUACGUGGAACUGGGGGACUAUAUGCCACAGCUGUCGGGUAUCGGGUUGUGUGUGGUGAACCUGAUGGACGACAUGCAGGAGUACACCCGCGGACUCUUCCUGCUAAUGUACUGCGGUCCGGCCAUCCUGCUGUCCUACCUGUACAUCCGCACCUCCCAGGAGCUGCGCCCGCCCGACGGACCCUUCGCCGUGAUGAUGUACGAGCACCGCGCGGAUGUGCGGAUGCGGCAGAGGAACUCCUCCACAUCCUCGGUGGAGCCUCGCCAGCUGAGCGGUGGGGGCGUGGCCGGGCUGAGCAACGGGGGCGGCAGCACCGCCCGCUCCUACGACUUGUACAGCGCCGAACUGGACGUGCAUCGCGAGAAGCGGAAGCAGCGCAACUUCGGCAGCAUGGCCGCCACCCAGGUGGUGUGCAUGUGCCCCCUGAUGAUCCUGCGCUUCGCCAGGCUCUCGCUGGAGGAGACGUACGAGAACACCAAGCACUUCGACUUCACCUACCUGAUGUUCGUGUGGAUGGCCUUCCUGCCCACGGUCAUCUUUCCGUGCAUCUACGCUUCGCAAAUCUUGCCCAGGGACGAACAGGAGCGCCUGAGGGGCUAUUUCCGGCUCUCCUCGAAACGCAAACCGAAGACGCAGCGCCGCAGUGAUGCUGGUGGCUCUCGCGAGGAUUCCAUUGAGAAGGAGGAGGCUUCGUCGCAGGGGAUUGGUGUCCAUCAUGUCGGCGAGCCGCACAAGCAUGCCUCCAAGUUGCGGCACGAGCGGGAGGUGCGUCUGCCAGGACAUGGCGGUGAUCGCUAUACGGGAGCACCCCACCGACAGGGCAAGGAUAGGGAGAGGCAGCGGGAUAGGGAUCGUGAGAGGGACAGGGAGAGGGAUAGGGACAGGGAUAGGGAGAGGGACAGGGAGAGGGGCAGAGAUAGGGAUAGAGAUGGGGACCGCGAGAGGCAGAGGGCGGGUGGUCGUGGAGCCGGCGAUGCCGGGGUGGUCAACAAUCUGGGCAAGGAUGUGCGCGGCAAGAAGCACGACGUCAAGAUCAACAUUAUCUCGGAUGGGGGCGGUCAUUCCGUCCACCGCAAGCAGCCGGGUGGCAGCAGCUCCAGCAACAACAACAACAACAACAACAGCAGCAGUGGCCAGCGGAGUCGCCCCAAUCCCGGCCAGCGGCACGGCAAGCUGCCCGCCGAGUGCCUGUCCAAUGUGACCGCCUCUACAUUUUGCAACGGCAGCGGCAGCGUGACCGGAACCGGAAACGGCACCGGAAACGGCCUGGGCAGCGUACUCAUCCCGGACGACAGCAGCACCAGCAACUAUGGCGACGGCGAGGAGAGCUCCGUGGUCAGCAGCAUGAUGGUGCCGCCGCAGCGCUGGCCAGGAUUAGGCUCCGCCGGUGGUGGUGGUGGUGGAGUGCUCCGCCACAAGGACGUCUCCUUUAGCGAAUGCAGCAGCAGCACCUUCUCGUCGAGCACCCUGGAGCGCGACCUGGAGAUCAUGGACCAGCUGGAGCGGGAGCGCAGCAUGGACAUCCAGGAGAUGCUGCAGCGGGAACGGGAGCGGGACAAGGUGCGUCGCCAGUUGCCGGACAUCGAGAAGCUCUACGCCCAGCGUUCGCCCAAGGGGAAACGAGUUGAGGGAGCGGGAGCGGUCCUGGCGCUCGUCAUGCCCGGCAGCGAUCCGCUGAGCAGCCUCUCCCAAUCCCAGUCCCUGUCCACGGAAUACAGCCUGUGCUCCACCUUGGAGACCAGCGGCGGCGGAGGCGGAGGCGUCAUGCCUGCUGGCCAGGAGGAGGGGCUGCAGCAUCUGCAGGCGAUGGAGGAGGAGGAGGUGGUGCCGCCGGACUUCUACGACAGCUACACGCCCGGCGGCGCCCAGAAUCUGCCGCCCGUGCAGUUGGCCUCCGGCGCGGUGCCCGCCUACCAGUACCAGUACUCCCGCAAUCGGCUGAGCCGGAAGAGUUCCGGUUCCGGGUCGGGUCACCACCACCAUGGUGGCCAUCAUCAUGGCCAGCAUGGUGGCGGGGGCGUUGGGGGCGUGGCCGGCGGACGGGGCUCGAAGCGGGACAGCUUCAAUUCGCUAAACGGCACCGAUCUGAUUGCCGGCGCCUUCUGCGAACUGGAUCCCACACAGCCGCUUAACAAGAUGGCCCUGAUCGAGGGCCGGAUGCGGCGGAGUAGUCCGCGGAACGCCAGCUUCAGCUCCGGAUCCGGGGUGUCCGGGGGGCGCAGCUCGAUGAAGUCGUCGUCGCGGGACUACGACUACGGGCACGGCUCCUCCUCGCACUCGGCGCAUCCGGAACUGGACUUCAGGGAGAACAUCUUUGCAGAGCUGUAGGAUGUGAUCCGGGAUGCGAUGGACACGAGAUACUGAUGAUGAAGAUGAUGAUGAUGGAGAAACGAAAAGCUUUACGGUCACGGAUUUGCCACGAGUUGUGCAGCCCAGGAGCUACGUGUUUAAGUAGGAGAAUUUGAAGCAGGAGCUGUAUUUUUUUUUUGUAGAGUAUGGGUGGGACUUUUUCUAGCGGAGGCAGUUGCUCAUCAGAGAACAAAAUGUAUGGGGAUUAUGGAAUACUUGGUAGGGAACUCCAGGCUUACGGAGAAACAGAUACAUUUACACCUAAAUGCAUAAGAUAUACUAAAUAAUAUAGAACGAGUUAUUGGAAUACUUCGCCCAACUGGUUGUUGACUAAUGAUUGUUGAUUGUUGCGAUCGGAGAGCAGAUCAGAGAUCACAGAUCACAGAGUUUAGGGAUCACAGAUCGCAGUUUAGAGAUCAGAGUUUAGAGAGAAGUGAAAACUGUGCCAAGAAUACGAAGGGAAAGCACUCCCACAAAACAUACAUAUACAUAUAUAUAUAUGUCUUUUAAAUGUUGCCAGCUUUGACGAGCGGCAGGAUGAGUCAGUGUUUUUAAACUUUCCCAAGCUACAUACAUAUAUGGAUAUAUACGAUACGAUAUAUACACUAGACAUAUGCUAAGACAUAUUGAAUAUUACCAAAUCAAAUGCAAAGUUUAUUGAAUGUUAAAUCAAAGUCAAAAUACGAAAUACAAAAUACAAAAUACAAAAUCGGGAUAAACCAUAAAAGUUAUAGCUGUUAAGACAGGGCAAUUCUUCUGAGCCCCAAAGAAUUGCGCCAAAAAAAACACACACACACACACACACAUAGAGGAACCAGCAGGAUUCCAGAUGCAGAUCCUGAUCCUGAUCCCUUCUAGAUAUACAGACCCAUAUACUUACCCCUAAUUGUGCAAGUGUCCGUGCGUGUGUCUAGCAAUAAGUUCAUUUUUUCUGCGCCGCUCCGCAGGCUGUUUGUUGUGAUGGGUCGGUGGUUCGCUGGUUCGGUGGUGCGGUGGUGCAGUGGUGCCGCCGUGG